AUGAAGUUGGAUAUCAAAAAAAUAUUCACCACCAGAACCGAUAGAGUUAAGGCCUUGGAUUUCCAUCCAACUGAACCUUGGGUAUUAUCCACCUUGUACUCCGGUAAGAUCGAAAUAUGGAACUACGAAUCCCAAACUUUGGUCAAAUCUCUUGACGUUACCAACGUACCUGUCCGUGCUGGGAAAUUCAUUGCCAGAAAAAACUGGAUCAUUCUUGGUGCUGACGAUUUCCAAGUAAGAAUCUACAAUUACAAUACCUCUGAAAAACUUCACCAAUUCGAAGCGCAUCCAGAUUAUGUUAGAUGUAUCGACGUUCACCCAACUAGACCAUAUGUUAUCACUUCUUCUGAUGAUAUGACUAUUAGAUUAUGGAACUGGGAACAAAACUGGAAACUUGAACAAGUCUUUGAAGGCCAUCAACACUAUAUUAUGGGUUUGAAAUUUAAUCCAAAGGAUCCAAAUACCUUUGCUUCUGGGUGUUUGGACCGUACCGUCAAGAUUUGGUCACUAGGCUCUCCAACCCCAAAUUUCACUCUUGAAGCCCACGUCACCAAGGGGGUCAAUUACGUCGAUUACUACCCAUUAAAUGAUAAACCAUAUUUGAUCACUUGUUCUGAUGACCGUACCAUCAAAAUCUGGGAUUACCAAACUAAAUCCUGUGUUGCUACUUUGGAAGGACAUUUGUCUAAUGUUUCUUUUGCCAUUUUCCACCCUGAGUUGCCAUUAAUUAUUUCUGGUUCCGAAGAUGGAAGCAUCAAGAUCUGGAACGCCAACACUUACAAAUUAGAAGGAUCGGUGAAUUUCGGCUUAGAAAGAGCCUGGAGUGUUGCCAGUAAGAAGGGUUCUAACUUGGUGGCCUUUGGGUUUGACGCCGGCCAUAUGGUUGUUAAAUUAGGUAAAGAAGAACCAUCAAUCUCAAUGGACCCAACUGGUAAAAUCAUUUGGUCGAAGAACUCUGAAGUUUUCACCACCGUCAUUAAAAAUAAUUCUAGUCAAGAUAUAGUUGAUGGUGAAAUCAUCCCAUUACAAACUAAAGAAUUGGGUACCGUGGAAAUCUAUCCAACAAAGUUACAACACUCUCCAAACGGUAGAUUUGUAGCUGUUAGUGGUGAUGGCGAAUAUAUCAUAUAUACUGCAUUGGCAUGGAGAAAUAAAGCCUAUGGCUCAGCCCUUGAUUUUGUUUGGGGACAAGAUUCAAAUGACUACGCCAUUAGAGAGGCAAAAAGCCAAUCGGUCAAAUUAUUCAAGAAUUUCAAGCAAAGAACCAACGUUUCCAUUGAUUUGGACUACAAGCCAGACAAGUUAUUCGGUGGUGCCUUAUUGGGAGUUGAAUCGAGUACUACUUACGAUUCUAGCUUUAUUCAUUUCUUUGACUGGGAAACUGGAAGAUUGGUUAGUGAAGUUGAUGUCUCUAACGUCACUGAUAUUGUAUGGACCAGUAAUGGUGAAUUGGUCGUUAUUAUCUGUUCUGAUAUUUCAUAUGUGUUGAGAUACGAUAGUGAGGCCUUCCAUGCCGCUCUUAACGAAGAAUCCGAAGCCUUGAGUAGCGGUGGUGAAUCUCCAUUUGAUCCACAAAAGGGUAUUGAUAACGCUUUUGAAGUAAUUGAAGAAUUGAACGAACAGAUAACCAGCGGUAAAUGGAUUGGUGAUGUUUUCUUGUACACUACCGCUACCAACAGAUUGAAUUAUUUUGUUGGUGACUCCGUUUUCAAUGUUCACAAUUUCGAUAAUAGCAUGUACUUGUUGGACUACUUGCCUAGAGAUAAUAGAGUUUAUCUCUGUGAUAAGGAUGUCAAUAUUAUUUCUAUUGGGUUGUCCUUGACCGUUCUUGAAUAUCAGACUACUGUGUUGCGUAGUGGGGUUGAAGACGCAAGAGAAUUCUUAGAAUCUAUUCCUUCGAGUGAUAUGAUCAAGAUUUCCAAGUUCUUGCAAGAUCAAGGGUUCUUGGAAGAAUCAUUGAGCGUUUCUACCGAUGAUGAACAGAAAUUCGAAUUGGCCAUGAAGUUGAAUAACUUUACCUUAGCUUUGGAGAUUGCUCACAGUUUGAAUAACCAAAUGAAAUGGAAUAAGUUGGGCGAUGCCUUAUUAAAGAAAUUUAAAUAUAAAUCAGCCAUCCAAUGCUUUGAAAAGUCGCAGGAUCAUGAGACUUUAUUCUUGUUGUACUCUUCAUUCAAUAACCUCAAGAAAUUGACUGAAUUGGGUUUGAAGGCUAAAGAACUUGGGAAGAACAACUUAGCUUUCAACUGCUUCUGGCUAACUGGAAACAAGAAAGAAAUCAUCAAAUUAUUAGAAAAAACUGGCAGACUUUCAGAAGCCUCAAUAUUCGGUUUCAAGUAUGGUCUUUCAUAUGAAGAAUUGGAAAAGAUUGUCAAGGUUUGGCAAACAGGGCUUUUGAAGGAAGGUAAAGUACGUGUUGCUGAAAAACUACAGAUUCCUAAUGUCAAUAACGAUGCCUUCCCAGCUGAGACAGGUGUCCUUAUUGAUGUCGACGAAAGUCCUGUUGAUGCUGCUCUUCCUGCUGAUACUGCUCUUCCUGUUGAUGCCGUUCCUGUUGAAGCUGAAGCUGAAGUCGAAGUCUAG